AUCAACUAGUACUUUUAAUACAUUGCAAGCUAAGAUGGUGACGGUUAAUGAGAUCCGCCAGGCACAGAGAGCUGAAGGCCCUGCCACAGUGUUAGCGAUCGGCACUGCAAAUCCUCUAAACUGCGUGGAUCAGAGUACAUAUCCAGACUUCUACUUCCGCAUCACAAAUAGUGAGCACAAGACAGAGCUGAAAGAAAAAUUUCAGCGCAUGUGUGACAAAUCUAUGAUUAAGAAGAGAUACAUGCAUUUGACAGAACAAAUAUUGAAGGAGAAUCCAAGUUUUUGUGAGUUUAUGGCACCUUCUUUGGAUGCAAGACAGGACAUUGUGGUUGAGGAAGUACCAAAGCUCGGAAAAGAAGCAGCAAUAAAGGCUAUCAAUGAAUGGGGUCAACCUAAGUCAAUGGUUACUCAUCUCAUAUUUUGCACUUCAAGUGGUGUCGAUAUGCCUGGAGCUGACUAUCAGCUCACAAAGCUCUUAGGCCUUUGUCCAUAUGUAAAGCGUUAUAUGAUGUACCAACAAGGUUGUUUUGCUGGUGCGAUGGCUCUUCGCUUGGCUAAAGAUUUGGCUGAGAACAACAAAGGUGCCCGUGUGUUGAUGGUUAGUUCAGAGAUUAGGGUAUUUAAUUUUCGUGGACCUAGUGAUACUGAUCUUGAUAGUCUUAUGGGACGGGCAUUGUUUGGAGAUGGUGCGGCAGCUGUGAUUGUUGGUUCAGACCCGUUGCCAGAAGUUGAGAAGCCUUUGUUUGAAUUGGUAUGGACUGCACAAACCAUCAUUCCAGAUAGUGAAGGAGCUAUUAAAGCUCACACUAGAGAAGCAGGACUAACAUUACAUAUCAUCAAAGAUGUUCCUGACCUCAUCUCAAAGAACAUUGAGAAAACUCUUGUUGAGGCCUUUCAACCUUUGAAUAUCUCCGAUUACAAUUCAAUUUUUUGGAUUGCACACCCAGGCGGACGAGCAAUUCUUGACCAAGUUGAAGCCAAAUUAGGCUUAAAGCCAGAGAAAAUGCAAGCCACUCGGCAUGUACUUAGUGAGUAUGGUAACAUGUCAAGUCCAUCCGUGUUAUUCAUUUUGGAUGAGAUGAGGAGGAAGUCAAAAGAAGAAGGACUUGGCACAACAGGAGAAGGACUUGAAUGGGGCGUGCUUUUAAGUUUUGGACCUGGACUCACUGUCGAGACUGUUGUGCUCCAUAGUGUGGCCACCUAAAUCCUCACAUUUUACCAAGGCAACAAGUUCUAUUUCACCCAAAAGUGAAUGUGUCAUUCUUCACAUGUUUCAUGUCUCUAUAAUUAAUCAUAGUUAUUAUUGUAUUAAAUAAACCUUUGAUUUUCUAUUUUCUGAUAAGAUCUUUAGAUACAAAGAAUGCAUCGAUUCAGCUCAUAACAAUUCGAUCAAACAUGUAUGUACCAUGAAACCUUUUUUCCAACCAUUGGAACAUCAAUCAACUCCAUGUCCUCAAUCUCAAUGGAUUGUUGAAACUCAUUAAAAUCAAUGUAAUACAAGAUUGACUCCUUUCAUUUCGUAUUUGUUAUCCGUGGAAUUGAAUUUUUUCCUAGUACACGAUUAAUUGUAGGUAGCCAAGCUUAUUUCAUAAUGCUAUUGAUUUACUUUAACCUGUUGUAACUGCCUUCCUCUUUUUGUUUCAGAUUUAAGCAAUCAAUGGAGCAAGAGGCAAGGAAGAAACGGCAGACGGGCAGAGAUUAUUAUAAGAAAAAAGGAAGGCUGAGGAAGGAGCAGCUAAAGCAAGUCAUGAGUAAACAAUCGAAGGAGCAGCUGUAGGCGACUUAGUUGAAAAUUCCAAUCCGUGGCUGCUGAUUCUGAUCCAUCCAUAUUUGGAGUAAACAUCUACAUCUAAUACUGAAAAUGACGAAAAUUCUGCUCAUUUCAAUGCAGUAAACAAGAAAAAUCUAGAAAAGGUUUCUAAUUCUGGAAUAGUUAAAUUUUGCAAACCUGUAUACGAAAUGUUGAAAAUUGGCUUCAAAUUUGUUGUUUGGAAGAACAGAGAAAUCGUGACACGAUUUCAUCAACGUGUCACGAUUUUCAGGCAGGGAGCAUGGUUUCUCAGGGUGCUCAAUCGUGUCACGAUUUUGGGAAAAUGUGACACGAUUUUCAAACUUGCUGGGUACGUUUUCAGGAUAAAGUUGGUCGUACCUUGGGUCGUACGCACCAAUCGUGCCACGAUUUGAAAAUCGUGACACGAUUUUGACAGCUGAAGAUUGCUAUAUAAGUGUUCUUGUGCA